AUGCGACGCGAACCCGCAACUAAUCGUCCCGUUGUCACUCUCAAAGUCUUCGAAGACAAUGUUUUAGUGCGUGAGUUUCUAGAAGAAAAGGGAAACGGGCGCGUUCUAGUGGUUGACGGUGGUGGAAGCUUACGGUGUGCCAUACUGGGCGGCAAUCCCGUGGUGCAAGCCCAGAAUAACGGGUGGGCCGGCAUUGUGGUCAAUGGGUGCGUACGCGAUGUUGAUGAGAUUAAUAGUUGUGAUAUUGGUGUGAGGGCGCUUGCGUCUCAUCCCGUGAAGGCGAAUAAGAAGGGGAUUGGGGAGAAACAUGUGGCGGUUAUGAUUGGUGGGACUAGGAUUUCGGAUGGGGAGUAUUUGUAUGCGGAUACGGAUGGGAUUUUGAUCUCCAAAACGGAGUUGUCUGUGUGA